ACGUGCUAGUGAUUUAUUUGUGCAUGUCCUUAACAGGGCCAGGUGCCAAGAACUGAGAAUUUUCCCGGAUUGGGCUAAAGGGGAGGAGUAGUGAGUCCGCUAAGGUGGCACUGUGGAGGGUGUAUUUUAGAAACCACUGUUGUCAUCCAGUUAGAGGCGUGGGGUCAGUGUGGAGCUUUACAGGAGGAGGAGGAGGGAGCCGCGCUCAGUAUGCUGUCCACCCCAGGCCUUCAGUGGUGGUCCUAAGGCUCCUUUCAGUCCCAAGGUUGUAAAAAGAAAGGAAGGAAGGAAGGAAGGAAGGAAGGAGAGAAAAAGUCAACCAGUUUUUUAUAAAGCAUCCCAGCUAACUUUUUGGCGUCUCGCACGCCAGUGACCUCCCUCACCGCCCAAAGCGACCACAGACGGGACUCGCGCGCACGGGGACGCCACAAGGUUUCGUUUUAGAGGCCGCCCUCCCGCCACCUGCGGGGAGCGCGGGCCAGGGAGGCGGGAGUGCGCCGGGCAGAGCCGCCGGGAGGCCGCGGGAGGCGGGGGCCGCGCUCCGCCCGGGCCGCGGCGGCGGGCAUGGCCGAGGCGCGACCGGGGCUGGCGGCGGGGGCGGAGCUCAAAGCGCUGCCCCACCACUCGCCGCUGCUGCAGCCGGGCGUGACCGAACUGCGGCGCCGGGCCCGGGAGGCUGGGGUCCCGCUCGCCACGCUGCCGCUCACCGACGCCUUCUUGUUGCGGUUCCUGCGCGCCCGGGAUUUCGACCUGGACCUGGCCUGGCGGUUACUAAAAAACUAUUAUAAGUGGAGGGCAGAAUGUCCGGAAGUAAGUGCGGAUCUACACCCUCGAAGUAUUCUGGGCCUUCUAAAGGCCGGCUACCAUGGAGUCCUGAGAGCCCGGGAUCCCACUGGCAGCAAGGUUCUUAUUUACAGAAUUGCACACUGGAACCCAAAAGUUUUUACAGCUUAUGAUGUAUUUCGUGUAAGUCUAAUCACAUCCGAGCUUAUUGUACAGGAAGUAGAAACUCAACGGAAUGGAAUCAAGGCUAUCUUUGAUCUGGAAGGUUGGCAGUUUUCUCAUGCUUUUCAAAUUACUCCAUCUGUAGCCAAGAAGAUUGCUGCAGUACUUACAGAUUCCUUUCCAUUGAAGGUUCGUGGAAUCCAUUUGAUAAAUGAACCAGCAAUUUUCCAUGCUGUUUUUUCCAUGAUUAAACCAUUUCUGACUGAAAAAAUUAAACAACGGAUUCAUAUGCACGGGGACAAUUACAAACAAAGCUUACUUCAGCAUUUCCCAAACAUUCUUCCUGUGGAAUAUGGUGGUGAAGAAUUCUCCAUGGACGACAUUUGUCAGGAGUGGACAAAUUUUAUAAUGAAGUCUGAAGACUAUCUCAGCAGCAUUUCUGAGAUCAUUCAAUGAGAAGACGUUAUUUCACGUGAAUAGCUUUCUAAUUAAAAAUACAUGAAUGAGAUUCUACCUGGAUAUGGAAAUGAAAGGAAAAAAAAGCAAAUCUUUUAAACUAAUAAAUUCUUGUCUGAUCUUUAAAAUACAAAAAUCUUUGGCAAUGAGCAACAUGGGAUAUUUGGGAAACUUUUUUACUUUCUAAAAUUCUUUUUGGCUGACUUUUGCAUUUGAAAAGAUAACAUGAAAGUUAUUUCUGAAGUAGCUACUCACGUGCACCUUUGCGUCCAGAACAUUUCAUUUUAAACAAGGUUUCUGAUUACAACGAUUUAGUAACAAAUUCAUAAGUAGUAACUAAAAAGCAUAUUAGCACAAAUUAACUGAUAACAUAAAAUCAUUAACACUCAUUUUGGGUGGGUGUUAGAUUAUAUUAUAAGUCAGAUUAAAAUCUGAUUACAGUUUUACAGGCCAGCAAGACAGUUCAUCUCAGGGAAAUCCUAUUUUAGCACAUCUGCACAAUAGAAGCCUUUGAUUGAAGAAUCUAUAUGGCAUACUAUUGUAUAUACAUCUAUGAAAUUCUUGUUGAUAUAGUUGAUUAACAAAAAUAAUUUAGAAAAUAUGUCAGGCAAGGUUGAUGGUAUUUUUCAGAUUAUGCAUGGAAUAAUUUCAGUUUUACUAUUAUAUUAGAAUAUUCCAACCAAAUCCCACAAUUUGUAUUAACUUAAAAAAAUUAGUAGUUAAAAUGUGCUGUUUGUUCUGUAGUUUAUGUCAGAGUGUUUCAUUUAUUGAGAAAGAUAAAAUCUCAGUCCUCAUACUCAAUAUAGCUUUCAAGUAUGACAUAAUUUUAUACUUAGUAUUUUAUAAUUUCUUAGUUUUGUUUUAGACUUGAAAAUGAAAGAAUGGAAGGUACAUAAUUUGUUGAACAUUAUUCGGUUACUUGGGUUCCAAUAUAGUAAUAGUAUCUUUGUGCAAGGAUAUGUGUAAGGUAUUUUUCUUUAUAAGAAAAUUAUUCUAAUUAGGAGACUUAUGAUUCUCUGUACUUAUAGAUUCUCUGAUAGCUAUAAUAAAAUUGAGAGCAAC